AUGAAUAAUAUAUGCAAAUUAAAUAAAUUCAUUAUUUCAAAAUCAUCAUCAUCAUUAUCAUCAACAUCAUCAAAAAUUAAAACAAAUUGUUUAAUUAAAAAUGCAAAAAUGUUUUCCUCAUCAUUAAAUUUAAAUAGAUUUUAUUCAACUAAUAAUACUAAUAAUAAUAAAUUAAAAAAACCAUUAUCAAUUGGACAAGCAACAUUUGAAACACAUCCAUAUUUAUUAGAUAAAAAUGAAAUUACAAAAGGUAUAAAAAUGAAAGAAUUUAAAGAUAGAAGAGAGAAAUUAAUGAAAAAUUUCCCAAUUGGUAGUGUUGUUGUUAUAUUUACACCACCAGAGCCAAUGAUGUCUUAUGAUAUACCUUGGUCAUUUAGACAAAAUACAAAUUUCAAUUAUUUAACAGGAUUCAAUGAACCAGAAGCAGUGUUGGUAUUAGUGAAAACAUCAGAACUUGAUCAUCAAUCAUAUCUAUUCGUACGUGAACGUAAUGAAGAAAAAGAGAAAUGGGAUGGUGCACGAUGUGGUGGUGAAAAUGUAAAAAAAUAUUUUGGAAUUGAUUUCGGUUAUAAUUUAACAAAUAGAGAUAUCCCAAUACUAGGUAAACUAUUAAAAUCAACCACUGAUGGUAAACUCUAUUGUAACACAACACCAUGGAAUCAAUUAUCAAAUAAAUUAGAACCAUUUUUAGAAAAUAUUAAAUUUUACACUGUAGAAUCAUUAUUACAACAAAUUAGAUUAAUUAAAUCUGAUGCUGAAAUUAAAAUGAUGUUAAAAAGUGGUGAAAUUGCUGGAACGUCGUUUCAUGAAACUAUGAAAUACACAGGCACCAAAUCAUCAUCAUCAUCAUCAUCAUCAUCAUCAUCGCCAUUGAAUGAGUAUCAAGUAUCUGCAUAUUUUGAAUGGUGUGUUAAGGAUAAGGGUGCACAACGUAUGUCAUAUCCACCAGUUGUCGCAGGUGGUGACAAUGGUCAUACAUUACAUUAUAUUCAAAAUAAUCAGCUUUUAAAUUAUUGUGAUUUAUUAUUGAUGGAUGCAGGCUGCGAAUAUUGGGGCUACACUAGUGAUAUCACUCGUACAUUUCCGGUUAGUGGUAAAUUUACAGAAGCACAAAGUGAGGUUUAUCAAGCGGUAUUGGAUGUAAAUAAGAAAUGUAUUGAGUUAUGUAAACCUGGUGAAACUAUAAAUUCAAUUCAUUUGAAAUCUGUAGAGUUAAUUCAAGCCCAUCUUAAACGGUUAGGUAUUAUCAAUGAAAGUAAUCCAAACGAUUAUAGACUUUAUUAUCCACAUUCAAUUGGUCAUUACUUGGGUAUGGAUACUCAUGAUACUUUAGAUUUCGAUUAUGGUGUAACCUUAGAACCUGGUAUGAUCAUAACAAUUGAACCUGGUAUCUAUAUUUCAAAAUAUGACUCAAAUGUUCCUGAAAAAUAUCGUGGUAUUUCAAUUCGUGUAGAAGAUGAUGUAGUAAUACCUAAUCUUAAUAAUUCACCAUUAGUUUUAACUCAUUUAGCUCCAAAAGAAAUAUCUGAGAUUGAAUCUAUUAUGUCUAAUAAAUAA